AUGCUUGGGGAAUCAAAAGCACAGCAAGUUAUGCAGGAAAUUCAUGCUGGAGAAUGUGGUGAACUCCAAGGAAUGAACUGGUUUUAUCGACAGCUGCUGAAUGUUGGGUAUUAUUGGCAUACUAUGAAGAAUGAUGCAUACAACUUCGUGAAGAAGUGCCACAAAGGCCAAGUCCAUGCCAAUCUAAGACAAUCCAUCCCCCCUUCCGAUGGCUACAUAUGGAUCCUUACUGCUACGGAGUAUUUCACAAAAUGGGUUGAGGCAAUUCCCCUUCGGAAGGCCACAGGAGCUGCUGUCUCGAAUUUCAUUCGGGAACACAUUGUGUGUAGGUUCGGAAUCUCAUACAAGAUGGUCACCGACAAUGGCACGCCUUUUGUUAACAAGCAAGUGAGUUCAACCCUUAGUGGGUACGGUAUCAAGCAUCGUCGCUCUACGCCUUAUUACCCGCAAGGAAACGGUCAAGCGGAGGCUACCAAUAAGACGAUAUUAAGUAUUCUAAGCAAGAUGGUAUAUGAGUAUCAAGGAGGCUGGAGUGUUCACCUGCCGAAUGCUUUGUGGGUUUACCGCACCUCACCAAGGAGCGCUACAGGUUUUUCACCUUACUCACUUGUGUACGGGUCUGAGGCUAUUUCACCUGUGGAAAUCACCAUCCCGAUAGCUAGAGUAUCAGCUGUUAAUCACCUGGAAUGGGAUACAAAGUCAUGCUCGGAUUGGCGCCGGCUGGACCUCGAAGUUUUGGAUGAAAAAAGAGCGGAAGCCGAAAGGAGGACAUCGUUGUACCACAAAACUGUAGCCCAAGCUUACAACAGGACAGUCAAACCUCGAUCUUUCAAGCAAGGAGACCUCGUGCUAAAAGUUGUGGAGCAUGUAAGAAGACAAGUGUCGAGACCUUCCAAGUUUGACCCGCAAUGGGAAGGCCCAUUCACAGUCAAAGAGGCUUACAACAGCGGCUAUUAUCGCUUGGUCUCUGUCAAAGAAGGCACGCUGACGGAUCCCAUCAACGGGAAGUGCCUCAAGCCUUACUACUGCUAA